UUUAUGCCUUGAAUAUCCUUUUGGAUGGCCAAAAUCAAUUGGUGAAGACAGAAAACGACGAAUAAAAUAUGACCUAAUUAACCUUUUAUUUUUAUCUUCUGUAUUUUAUCUUUAUCUACGACUAUACAGAGUCUAAUUGUCAUUCUAAUGAAGCAUAUUUCCAUAGUUCAUAGAAUAUGUAGUUUUUUCUUCAUUUUAGACUAUAGUGACAAAAAAUCCAAUUCACAGAUUAAUUAGAGUUAAAAGUAAAAUACAAAAUAUGUAAAUAUUUGGUCAGAUUUACCGUUUCAGUAAUCAGUAAUGUAAAAAUUUCAAUCAUUAAGAAACGAAAUUACCCGAUUUAGGACAUUAUUUCGUAAAAGUCUACAAUCAUUGCAAAUUUAUAUGCUCACUGGGUAUAAAUAAAUUUAUCAAAACUCUUGUCUUACUUUUAACAUUCGUAAAUAGUCAAUAUUAUGAACGAUAUUCUUAAACCAGAAUUGAUAUGGAUUGAAAGUAGAUGUUACAGAGUAAAUGACCCUAUUGUGGAUGUUUCUUUACACCAAGAGCAUGAUCUAUAUGAAAAUGAUAUGCCCUACCAAGAUUUGCAAGAAAAUGAUGAUGACACUGAUUAUGAAGUUCAAAUGAUUGAUUCAGACAGAUAUUGUACAACUUUUCAUGUAUCCAAACAUUAUUUAGGUAACAUAAUAGGUAAGAAAGGAGCAAUAAAAAUGCGGAUUCAAAGAGACACCAAAACUGACAUCCAAAUCCCACGUAUGGGAGAGAACAAAGAUGUUGUUAUUUAUGGUCCAAGUGUUUCAAGUGUAAAAGCUGCAAGACGGAAAAUCAAUAUGAUUGUUAUAUCAGCUAGAAUAAGGCAAAGGUAUACACACUUUAUAUCACUUCCCAUGAAUAAUGCUGAAAUAGUGAAGAAUUUUGAAAAAUUUAAGGAAUUGGUGUUACAAGAUUGUCAAGGUACUGGAUUGGAUGAUUCUUUAUUUACAAAGGCUAGUAAGUUGCAUAUUACUGUAGGUGUAAUGUGUUUGAUGGAUACUGAAGAAAGGCUGCUUGCAUCAAAGUACUUAGCAGAAGUUAAAGAACAAUUUAUGCCCAUGAUCCAAAGUCACUUGCCACUUAAGUUACGAUUAAAAGGAUUGUCAUAUAUGAAUGAUGAUCCCAAAGAAAUGCAUGUGUUGUAUGGCUGUGUUCAAGAAGAUAACGCCCCUAAAGGCGUUUUACAGGAUAUGAUCGACGCUAUAGCUCAGUUCUUUUUUAAAAAAGGACUUAUGGCAAAUGAGUUUGGUCGCGAUAACGUUAAAAUACACGUCACUCUAUUAAACUCUUCAUAUAGAGAGAAAACAAUUGAAAACGACAGGCCAACAAAACAGAAAAGGGAAAGCUUCGACGGGUCUGAAAUAUUGGAGAAAUUUAUUGAUUAUGACUUUGGUGUUAUGGAAGUUAAUCAUAUUCAUUUAUCUCAAAUAAACACUUUAGCGCCGGGCGGUUUCUAUCAAUCGACUUGCGUCAUUAGUUUAUAAUCCAAACUUUAUAUAAUUUCCCCAUUUUAACUGUUAAAUUUCUUUUUAUAUAAAUGAGCGAACACGUACAUUUUGUAUAUUUUUUUUAUUUUUAAAGUACUUAGUUUAUUAAGGUGUGUUAAUAAAAAUAUAUAAAAUAUAUCUUGUUUACUAUUUAACUGUAAGCAGAAAUAUUAGACAUGGAAUAUAUUUGUUCUUGUUUUCACAAUGGCUACUUUCCUUAUUCCAUGACUUUUUAAAUAUUAACCCCCCACAAUUAUAUUUUAUACUGUAAACAUUCCAUAUUAUUUGAAUGAAAGUAAGAAUUAGUACUAUUUAAAUUAGGGAUGCAUCCAAUACCAAGGAAUCGCCGAUAUUUUAAUUACCGAUACAACGAUACUUUCCGUUUUUGUGCUUUAAAAAAGUAAUGUAAGCGAGCAUCUUGUUUGAUCUAGUUCAUUGCAAACGAGGCUCGAACUAUCUAUGCCCGGGGAAUCCCCGCGUUUAAUUCAGUUUGUUGUCUCUCUCACUCGCUUUGUCCCCGCGUAUUUCAUUUCGCGCAUACUAUGUUUUUGAUAAAAAUUAAAUAAAAUACAGAAUUACAUAAAUUGAUUGAAUUGAUAAGCAAUGUUAAUUUUAAUUAUUAAUAGUUAUUUAUUUUAUUUAAAUUUCAUUAUUAUUCUUAAUUUUCAAACAUCGGCACAAGUGUAUGUUCAAUAACCAAAAAUGGUCCUUCCAGCAAGACUUGGCGGCAGGUCAUAAAGCUCAUUCUACGCAGUCUUGGUUGGAAACCAACGUUUCGGUCGUCUAGUCCAGAUCUUAAUCGAUUUAUGGUCAGUUUUAGAGAGUACGGCUUGAUCUAAACGCCAUGAUAAUUUGGAGUCCCUAACACAAUCCGUACGAUUGGCAGCGAAUUGGAAA